AUGAAAGAUAAGGAUAAGAUCUUGGAUUGGCCUUUGAGGAUUAAAAUUGCCAUCGGGAUAGCAAGAGGCAUAGCAUGCCUUCUCCAUAACUAUCAUUUCUCAGUAGUCCAUCUCAGCUUGAGUUUGAAUGCUAUCAUACUUGAUCAGAAUUUUGACGCCAAGAUAUCAAAUUUUGGAGAGGCAAUAAUAUUGAAACCCGGAGGACUAAUGUUUGUGAACUCAAGUGACAAUGACUUGAGCAAUAGAGUUCUUGAUGGCAGUGGAGUUACGGAGUUGGAUUUUUUCAGAAAGGAUGUCUAUGAUUUUGGCAUUUUGCUUUUUGAGCUAAUUACAGGAAAGACACCCAUUCAAAUAUAUAAUUAUUCAAACCAUUUGGAUGGGAGUUACAUUGAUUGGAUUACUUGUCUUUUGACUUGCUCUUCUUUAAUGUGCAAUUUCAUUGAUAAAUCUCUUAUUGUGUUAGGUUUUGAUAAUGAUGUCUUUCAGUUGCUCAGAAUUGCUGGUGCCUGCAUUAAGCCCUUACCUUGUCAAAGGCCCACAACCCUUGGAUUGUACCAUGUGAUAAGCAUCCUUAGAAAGAAUUAUGGCCUCAUAAAUAAUGACCCGGAGAUAUUGAGGCAAUCUGAAAUUGCAACUGCUAGUGCUUCGAAAGAAAUUGUUGAGGCUGAAAGUAUAUAG